AUUCUGUCCGUUUUUAUCAGCUUAAAGCCGAUAGUUUAAGUAGAGACUCGUGAAGACAGACAGCGUGCUCUCUCGCGACUCGGUUUUAAAGCCGUUCACACCGAGAUCUAAACGAUUUAAAGCUGUAAAAUCUUCACCGUGACUCCGUUUCGUCCGCUGGAGAGAGAAAGAAACACGGACCGAAAAGUUUCUUUAACCAGCGCGAGAGGAAGGGUCAGCAAACAUCACCACCAACUUUUCGGUUUCAGAAUGAUGCUUCAGCACCCCGGUCUAGGUCUGGGUCUGGGUCUGAGUCUGGGUCUGGGUCCUUCAGAGAUCAGCGCCUCGGCUCUGGUUCCGUGUCUGUCCCCGCCCGGUUCUCUCACCCUCGACGACUUCACUCAUUUCAGCCCGCUGGUUAAGGAGGAGUUACGUUACACCAUCCAGAACAAACGCCUGUCCAGCGGGAUGAGUUCGGCCACCACGAGCUGCUCGGACUGCGGCUCUGAGAAGCCUCCCGAGAUGCAGGGAAUGAAGAGAGAGCUUUCUGUGGAAGAAGUUGAUCGCAGGAAACGACGACGGGAAAGGAACAAAAUCGCUGCCGCAAAGUGCAGGAACAAGAAGAAGGAGAAGACGGACUGUUUACAAAAGGAGUCGGAGAAGCUGGAGUCUUUAAACGCUGAGCUGAAGGCGCAGAUCGAGGAGCUGAAGAACCAGAAGCAGCAGCUGGUCUAUAUGCUCAACCUUCACCGACCGACGUGCAUCGUCCGAGCUCACAACGGCCAAACUCCCGAAGACGAGAGGAACCUCUUCAUCCAGCAGAUCAAAGAGACCACGCUGCAGUGUAUGAACUUUACCACACCCGGAUCUGCGAGUCCUGCCACACUGACCGCCUGCGAUCAUCUUUGAAGCACGAGACUUCGGAAAAGAUUUUGCCAAGGAGCGCUGAAGGACCUGCUCGAGGAAAAAAAACAAAAACACGAGUACACUGUAUUGGACUGAGGACAAGAGUAAGCAAUAUGUAUAAGCACUAACAUCAAAGCGGAUUUGAUGUCUUUUUCUCAUAUUUAAAUGUUAUUUAAAAUGAUUUUGUACGUGUACCCAAGCAUGAUAUUGUCUAGAAACCAACAUUAAACUUUAACGGUAUCACAUAUAACGAGCACUAGAAGUUCCGUGGGGUCACCACACGUGUGUGUGUGUGUGUCGGAGAAGGUGACGCAUCGUCCUAUACACGGAGAGACGUGUAGAGAAUGAAGUAUUAAGAGUACGAUGAUGUAUUUCCGUAGUUAUACCUUGCUUCUGCUGUGUUUUUGUUUUUAUCUUUUUUUCGCCACUCAAAACUACUUAAAGCUGCUACGCUAAGCUAAUAUCUCAGGUCAGUUCAGAGAAAAGGAACCAGGAAACAGAAUAAACCAAGUGUGUUCCAUCAUCACUUAGCUGCUUGGGAAUCAGAACCCAGUGAGAAUUAAACGUCUGUUCCUGUUUCAUCUCAGAAAUAUGUUUUUUUUAUAUAUAUAUGUACAUAUAUAUAUAUAUAUAUAUAUAUAUAUAUAUAUAUAUAUAUAUAUAUAUAUAUAUAUACACAAUGCUGUGAGCUGGAAGGUCUGUGUAGUGACCCAUAAUGACCGUGUUGAGUUUUUGUAUUGUUUUGUAGAAUCUGUGUUUUUUGAAGCAUUAUACUGUAUUUUUAUAUCUAAUGUAAACAUGUGGUUGAGUCUAGAUGCACAAUCUUCAGUCACUUUAAAGAGUCCUGGUGUCCUGUCAUAUUUCACAAAAAUCACUAAGGGGUGUCGGCUAGUCCGGCACAUCAGCACCGGAUAUUCAAUCUGUUUGUGUGUGUUUUUUUUUUCUUUAGAUGUUUGAGAGUAAUGUUCUAGAUCCUUAUGUACCUCGGAUGAGAGACGCAGGCGUCACAUGCUUAUUUUUCCCUAUUCUUUUCGGUAAAGCGUAUUUUCACUGGCUGUAGAAUGAAACUGUUUGUUUGUUUGUUCACCUUAUGACGACUAAUGUGAGCUGUAUUUAAGUUUGUUUGUUUUUUUUGUUGUCACGUCAUUAAAAUCUCUCUAAACGCU